AUGCGUGCCUUGGGUCUAGAGUCAUUGUCAGUGAACAAAUCUCAGCCAUGUGCAAAGACGUGCUGGCCAAGUGCUAUGGCCGAAGGCAAGAAACGAAUGAAAUUGGUGGGAAGAGUGGAGGUUCCCCAAGACGCGUUCAUGGCAGUGUUACUGGUUGAAAGAGAGAUCCAGCACUGCCAUGGACGUAAUCUCUCCCAGAGUCCAUGGAAUGCUCCAGACAGCCGGUUGUGUGACAAGUUGAGCUCCCGCCAGCUUUCCCAAGCUUGCGGGAAUCUCACCAGUGAGCUGGUUCGCCGACAAGUCGAGAAAGCUUGUGGUGUAAUUGUGAGAGGUACAAAGAACAAGCCAAAAGAGUCCCCAGCAGCUGCGGCAGCUACUUGUCCGCGUUUUGAGCUACAUCAGUCCCAGCCAGGAUAUCAUUUCGUCAAGAUUGUGGUGUUUAAGAAGCACGUAUACUUGUCACAAUUUCUAAACGAAGUGGAGAUUCCUGGAGAGCUUCUCUUGGACGAGGACUGCAACAUCUUGCAAGCGCAGUGCGGAGCUCUGAGGGACCAUUUCAAAGCCAACUAUUGCCGGCUGCAAAGCCUCCAGGAGGCGCAGACGGAGAAAGACGUGGUCUCUUUGCGAGAAAACGUCCACAAACUAGAAGCCGAGAAAGAACACCUGUCUACAAAAGUCUCCAAACUGCGAGCCAAGCUCCAACAUGUAGCAAAGCUCGAUCAAAUCCUUGCAUUGGUUGAGCAACACAGGGUCGAAAAGCUGGAUGAGACGAACUUGGCGAACAAUGUAAAGGAACAAAAGCGAGCUUUAGCUGCCGAGUCAGGGAAGCACGGGAAAGCACUGCUGAAGCUCGAGUACAUGCAGGCCCUAGUGAACACACCACCUCCGCUCAUGAGCGAAAGAAUUGCUCAGGAAAUAUCAAUGCUACGCUAUCUCGCCGACACAAAACUUCCAAAGGAGCUGGCAGACAAACAGCGACACAAAGACGCUCUUGACAAAGUUUUGAAUGAUCCUAACUACAGCGAUGACAAAAUCUCGCGAAUUCAGGCAAAGCUUGUAUCAGCAAACAACGAGCUCAAGUCUCUGAGGAAACGAAGCUGCCUGGAGAAGAGAAACGAGCUCUCCCCCGACGGCGACUCUGUGCAGUGGCAGCAGAGUGCUUUGGUCGCCGAGAGGCUCAAAGUAGCGUUUGACAAGGUCACGGCUCUCACAGCAAGAAAAGAGCAACUCAUAGUCGACUUCUCCCAAAAGACCAACUUUAUCAACGAGGCAAAUAUCUUUCUCUAUUUGUUUACAAUUUCGAUUUUCUUUUUACCAACUUAGUUUCAUCUGUUUCAGG